AUGCAAUCAUCAAUUACAACGUAUUUAAUAAUUCUCGUAGUGGCAGCCCUUUAUAUUUUAGCCAAAUAUAAAUUAACCUAUUGGAAGAGAAGGAAUAUUUUUCAUUCGCCACCGGACCUCGUCUACGGCAAUUUGAAGAGUACCAUAAUUGAAAAUAAAACGUUUAGUUCCACGAUCUUGAACAUAUACACCGAUGCGAAGCAAAGAGGACACAAAUUCUUCGGUAUAUACAAAUUUUGGAGCCCUUAUUUCAUCCCCAUCGAUUUGGAUUUGAUCAAAUGCAUUCUCCAACAGAAUUUCGACCAUUUUCCCAAUCACUAUUCCUUUCUGAACGAAGCUAACGAUCCGUUAUCGGAAAAUCUGUUCUGUCUGCACGACGAUAAAUGGAAGGAUAUGAGGUCUAAAUUAGCACCGACAUUUAGCUCAGGUAAACUGAAGAUGAUGUUUCCCACUGUUAUCUCGUGCAGUAAAAACAUGCAGAACAUAUUAAAAGAACGCUCCGAAGCCAAUGAACCGAUUGAUUUCAAAGACCUCUUGGCUAGAUUCACUACAGAUGUGAUAGGGAACGUUGGCUUUGGCGUCGAAACCAACAGUUUGAAGGACCCAGCAUCGGAAUUUCGCCAACACGGAAUUAACGUGUUCCAAUUCAAUCUCAGAGAAAAAUUUUUGUUCUUCCUCAUAAUGGUACUUCCGACGUGGCUGAUCAAGAAACUCGGGUUUUCCCUCAAUCCGCCGGAGAGGACAAAUUUCUUCACGAAUUUGGUGGAGCAAACUGUCCGAUACAGAGAAGAAAACAACGUGUACAGAAAAGACUUCAUGCAUUCGUUGAUACAACUAAAAAAUUUCGGCAAAGUACAUUGCUUGGAAGAAGGAUCGUUGGUUGGCAAAAUUAACCAAAGUGAUCGUACUUUGUCGAUCAACCAAAUGGCAGCACACGCUUUUACAUUCUUCCUAGCGGGAUACGAAACUUCUGCAACAACGAUGACUUUUGCUUUAAUCGAAUUGGCCCAAAACCAAGAUAUACAAGACAAAGUAAGAAGCGAAAUUAGGAAAGUGCUCGGCAAAUAUAACAAUGAAAUAACAUACGAAUCUGUCACGGAAAUGGACUACUUGGAACAAGUAGUGUUAGAAACAUUAAGGAAGCAUCCUCCAAUUUUCCUACUGCCUCGUGUAUGCAGCAAAGACUUUCAUAUACCCGGCACAGACGUUGUUUUGCGUGCUGGUACACAUGUGGAAAUCCCAGUGCACGCCAUCCAUCGUGAUCCAGAGCAUUAUCCGGAACCGGACAAAUUCGAUCCGGAGAGAUUCAGUCCGGAAAACAAAGCGAAACGGCCCAGAUGCGCUUAUUUGCCGUUCGGCGAAGGACCGCGCAUUUGCAUCGGCUUGCGAUUUGGAAAAAUGCAAUCUAAAAUAGGAUUAUGUACGAUUUUAAACAACUACAGAAUUACGUUUAAUGAAAGAACUCCGCUGCCCGUUGAAUAUGGACCUGGAAUCGUUUCGCUUGCCAAAGGUGAAAUUUUCAUGAACCUCGAACCGGUGCCACAGUAA